UGGUGGACUUUGGACUCCAAGUCAGAGGAAAGACGACCAAACGCUGUUCCAGGAGCAAGGGGCACCUGAAGAUGGCCAAGUUCCUUUCCCAGGACCAAAUUAAUGAGUACAAAGAAUGCUUCUCCCUGUAUGACAAGCAGCAGAGAGGGAAGAUUAAGGCCACAGAUCUUCUGGUGUCCAUGAGAUGCCUGGGGGCCAGCCCCACGCCUGGGGAAGUACAGCGGCACCUGCAGACUCAUGGGAUAGACAAGCACGGAGAGUUGGAUUUCUCCACCUUCUUGACCAUUAUGCACACGCAAAUCAAACAAGAGGACCCAAAGAAAGAAAUCCUUCUUGCCAUGCUGAUGGCUGACAAGGAGAAGAAAGGUUACAUCAUGGCAUCUGAAUUGCGAUCAAAACUCAUGAAACUGGGAGAGAAGCUCACUCACAAAGAAGAUGAGGCUGUGACAGAUAUCCCUGGGGUCCUCCAAGAACUAGAAUUCUAUGGAGCAGCCUUCUCAGAUUUUAUCUGCACUCAGGAAGGUCCUGAGCCUUUAAAAAUGGUGCCUGGCAGUGGAUGAUCUUUUCAAGGAAGCGGGCAUCGAACCAAAUGGCCAAGUGAAAUAUGACACAUUUAUCCAGCGGAUCACCCUUCCUGUGCAAGACUACUGAGAGAGCUGAGGUCCAGGGAGAAGAGGAUGAGAGCUCCGGGGCCUGAACACCUAGACUAUUUUUUAAAGGGGAAAUCUAGAGAUGGCAAACAUGGCAGUAAGACCACGUUGCAGGGGAUUAGUACCAAUAAAUGAGGUAGCCAUGGUAUUCCUGUAAUAAGUCUGUAUUGAUUUUAGUACUAACAUUAGUCUAGCCCUCUGCAGCAUGGAAAGGCCUAUGAUUUGUAGUCAGGUUUGUGUGCCAAUGCGGGUUCUGCAAUUUCAUUUCCCUCACCUUGGGUAGACCAUUGUGCUUCUCAAAGUCUUUGGAUCUCACAAGGAUGAUUAUGAUUUGAAAAUGGUUGGCGACUUGGGAGCAUGUGGAAUUGGUGUUUCCUUGGUAGUGUUUAUUCCAAAAAGCAAAACAAACAAACCAGUCUUCUAGAAGACCAGUCUACUUUUGGG